UGUUUCUGUACACAAGCCAGCGGAAAUCACAUGGAGGUGCUCUUGCGCUCACAUGACAACCCGAGCCAUGGCAGGAGAGAUCAAUGAAGGUUCAGUUCCCCCAUACUACAGGGAAGUAUAUGAGGCCAUCAGUUGUAGGACAGAUGAGCGAGUACAGGUUGAAGUAUUCCAGCGGUUACUCGACAGCACAGAUCUCCAAAAGCCAGUUUUAAACCAGAUUGCUGGACAAGUUGACUCCUCAGACGGGUUCCUGAGCAAGUUGUCCCUCUAUAAAGCACUAGCUUUGAUUGCUCUUGCUCAGCAAGGAAAGCAGCCAAGCCCCAAACUCUUUGAGAAUUGCAUACAAGAGUUGCCAAAGCCUCAGCUUAGGGAAGUGAAGGACUUGUGGAAGUUGAGGAUGCAGCCGGCUCAGGACGAUCCACUGAUGGUGGCCCAGACCUUGGAGAACCUGCUGGCCAGGGACACUGUUCAGGUGGAGCUCAUCCCCGAGAAGAAAGGCCUGUUCCUCAAACAUGUGGAGUACCAGAUCACCAGCCAGCGUUUCAAGAUCUCAGUUUAUCGGCGGUAUAGUGAUUUCGAUGUGUUCCAUGAGCUGUUGCUGCAGAGAUUUGCCUACAGAACAGUGCCAGCAUUGCCGCCCAAGAGGAUGUUGAAAGGAGUCCUGACCUCCGUCUCUGAGAGAGAGUUUAUAGAAGGAAGGCGGCGGGCUCUCGGUAGAUUCAUCAACUUAGUGGCACGUCACCCCUUCUUCUCCGAAGAUGAGCUGGUCAGGACCUUCCUAACCUUCAACAGCUCGGACGUUCAGAGUAAACUACGUGAUGCCUACAAGAAAAUGGGUGAUGAGUUCAUGACCAAUAGAACUGCAACCCAGGCAAAGGAAUACCUCCCCACUGAGAUUCAGCUCCAGUUCUCAACAAGCAGAGAGCUGAUCAAAAAUAUCCACAACAGCUUCCUCAAGCUGCGGGACAGGGCCGAGAGAAUGGCAGAGCGCUCCAAGGAAAACGCGACCGACCUGCUCAUGUUUGGCAGAGAGCUCAGUACAUUGGGUUCAGAUGCUUCGCCCAUUCCCUCCUUGGCCUCCUCUCGAAGCACCUGGGGGACCCUGCAUCAGUCGCUGAAAGGCCUGUCGGUGGAGUUUGCUUUAUUGUCUGAAAAAGCUGCUCAACAGGGCAGAAGGGAAGAGGAUGAUGUUGUGGAAAAACUGAAUCUUUUCCUGGACCUGCUGCAGUCAUAUAGAGAUUUGUGUGAGCGGCAUGAGAAGGGGGUUCUGCACGAGCACCAGAAGGCUCUGCAGAAGUACAGUGUGAUGAAGAGGCAGAUGAUGAGCGCCACUGUCCAGCCCAAAGAACAGGUGUCUGUGGAACAGCUGGAGUCACGCAUUGUUCAGCAAGAGAGUGCGAUUCAGGCCAUGGAAUUGAGGAACUACUUUUCUUUGUUCUGCCUUCAUCAAGAGACGCAGCUCAUCUUUACCUACUUCCCCAUCACGUCCAGCAUUCUGGGGGCUUUCGUCAACUCCCAGGUUCAAGGACACCGAGAGAUGGGCGAGGUGUGGAGUGAUCUCCAACCAAAACUUGGAUGUCUUUUUGGCAAUAAUGGAAUAAAACCCUCCUUCUAAAACACAGCUAUGCAUGGAGUGCAGGAGAGGAAGGUGGUUUUCGUUGUGUUGCUGAUGACAACUGAAAACUGACAGAUCUUGCGCCGUGAGCUACAAGAGGAUGUCGAGUGCAAACAAAACUGAACUUUUCAUCCACAUAUUCUGAAAUCCUACAGUUCAUUGUACCUUGCCCUCAGUGGGAGAGUAUUUCAUGAAUGUGAGCGGUCUGCUUGAAUGAUGCUUAACCUCUGAAGGCCGUUUAGCUUCACUGGGAUUGGUCGGUCCUGAAGCUAAAUGGAAGGGCACAUGUUUCGAGGAUGGCUGUGUUUAACUGUGUUCAUAGAUCUGAUGCAGUGUGUUGUUCUGGAAGAGGAUUAAAAGUCAGUCUGGAAGAAAAAAAAACAACAAUACUGCCAACAAAGAAGAAAACUGCUGUAAGGUCCUCAAUAGUUGACAAGGGACUUGGCCACAAAGGUGAAGGAGCACAGCACAUCAGUGUAUUUUAACUCAUGUCUUGAACAAAAUGAUGUUUAUCACUUGCAUUUGUGGGGAAUUUAUUACACUAAUAUGGCUAAAAGAUGUCACAAAGGGAUGUGGGUUUGUCUUUUAAUCUGGAUUGCAGGAUUACAUUUUUUUUUCUUUUCUAUUUGUGAACGUGUUUGGGUUUUGCCUCUGAACAGCUGGAGCUCAGUGUUUUUGUGAUACAGACUGUUAUACUCAAUGACAUGUGGCGGCAUGGUUUUGUUUUUAUGGAGAACUGUGCUUCUAUCCAAAGCAAUUAUGCCAAGUUGCACGGUAGAAAUUCAAACUUAUUUUGCAAGCUAACUUAAAGAUGCUAGGCUUGUACUGCAGAAAUCAUUUAUAUGAUAAGCUGUUUUUGCAGAUUUAUGCACUAACAACACUAUUCGCUAUUGGUUGGCAUGCCAAAGAUACAUGGCAUACUGCCACGUGUAUAACUGUUAGUGCAAUAAUAGAUGUAGAUGUCAACUGUCUAUUCCCACAUUGCAAUGCAAUUCAGAGUAUUUUCUAUUUUGACACUUUUUAAGCUAUUUGGCAUUAAAAUAGCAAUACUCGUCUAUAACAGCUAUGUACUAUGGGAACACUAUUUUUCUCCAAAACAUAUCAAAGGGAUGUUUUGCCAAAUAUUAAAGCUGAUAUGUUUUACUUUACCUCACAAAUAUAACUAAACUCUCAACUACCUUGUCCAAGU